UUCAGAUAUUUGCAAUUAUCUCGGGUAGCAAUGGAGGCAGUGUUGCUUCCAGCGUGUCCUUCACCUUCACCCAUUCCGCAACGCUCUUCGUUCCCUUCUUCACACCGCUCCUACCUCCAAAACGCGCCACUCUUCUCCCUUCGCAGCUCUCUCCGCGCCUCCACCUUCGCACUCGCCCACCACCAACCUCCCGUUCUCGGAAGACCCGACAACCCCUCACCGGCGCUGCCCAAAAUCGACAAAACCGGUCGCUUCUGCAGCCCUAGAGCCGCCAGAGAACUCGCACUGUCAAUAAUCUAUGCCUCGUGUUUGGAGGGGCUGGACCCGGUUCGGCUUUUCGAGAAGCGGUUGAAUGCGCGCCGAGAGGCCGGGUAUGAGUUCGACAAGGAGAAGUUGUUGGAGUAUAAUCACAUGAGUUUUGGAGGGCCACCUGUUACUGUAGAAUCGGAUGAGGAAGCAAGUGAGCUUUUGCGGCACAUUGAACAAGAGUCUGCUAUUGAAGCAGAAGUUCUUACAGCUCCUCCAAAGCUGGUGUAUAACAAACUGAUUUUGGGAUUCACUCGGAAACUAUUGGUUGCAGUCAGGGAUACAUGGGACAGUCAUGCCCUGGUUAUUAACAAAAUUGUCCCACAAAAUUGGAAGAACGAACCAGCUGGGAAGAUUUUAGAGCUUUCUAUUCUUCACUUGGCCAUGUCCGAAAUGGCAGUGCUAGAAACAAGACACCAAAUCGUUAUUAAUGAGGCUGUAGAUCUCGCCAAACGGUUUUGUGAUGGAGCAGCCCCUCGCAUCAUUAACGGCUGUCUCCGCACAUUUGUCCGAGAAAUGGAGCUUGAGGCAUCAAACAACCUGGUUUAGUUGAUGAUCUCCACGUACAUUGUCCAUUCGUUGUCUUCGGAUCGUUGAGAAAUGAAAAUGUUGUCUUGACGUACAUUUCAGGAAUAUCCGAUAACUUGCUUAUAGAAUGAUAUGCAAAGGUCUAAAAUAGGAAUCCUGUUGUUUGACACGGGUAGUUAUUAUGACAUUGAGAUAUUGUUGUCGUGUCUAUGUAAUCUUAAUGUAUGUUGCCUCGGGGAUUUUGUAAUAAAUUUUGUUUAAGUUAAAAGAAAAAAAAAACUUUAGAAACAUUGA